ACAUAGAAGAAAAGUAAAUGAACAUUGCACUGCUAAAUAAUUUAAAUACAUUCAUGGAUUAUUGAUCUCCAAACUGCUGGUACAAUACUUUUAUUUUAUUCCCUGAGCAAUCUGAACAGACACAAUUCCCCUCCAGUAAAACUGAGAGCAGAACUUCUCUGUAAUGUUGGACAUUAAAAUGAAGGAGGUGUGUCGGAUCUGCGCCCGCGAGCUCUGCGGUAAUCAGCGGCGAUGGAUCUUCCACCCGACCUCCAAACUCAACCUGCAGGUGCUGCUGUCCCACGCCCUGGGCAGAGAGCUGACCCGUGAUGGCCGGGGGGAGUUCGCCUGCUCCAAGUGUGCCUUCCUGCUGGACCGCAUGUACCGCUUCGACACGGUGAUCGCCCGCGUGGAGGCUCUGUCCCUGGAGCGCCUGCACAAGCUGCUGCUGGAGAAGGACCGGCUGAGACAGUGCAUAGGAGGCCUGUACUGGAAGAACAACACAGAGGACCAGACCCAUGAUCAGACUGGGAUAGGGAGAGGGAUAGGGCUGGAGAGUACUGGGGCUGGAGGGACAGAGGGUGGUGGGCGGUCUGAGGGUGACUCCCCUGUGGUGGACCUCUCAGCCCUGCAGGAGGCCAGGUACAGCUCCGUGCUUCAGGACGACCUGGCCUAUUCUGUGUACGAGUCCUGGGCUGAUCACGAGGACCAGCAGAGUCUGGCCCCGGAGCACCAGCACCACACCCAGCAUCAUCACCUUCACCGCUCCAGGCGGUGCAGAGGGUGUGCGGCUCUCCGUGUGGCCGACUCUGACUACGAGGCUGUGUGUAAGGUACCUCGGCAGUUAGGCAGGAGGACCACGUCAUGUGGACCCUCCAACUGCUACUCAGGCAGUGCCAUGGGGGGUGAGGAGACCUCCACAGGGUCAGAGUCCACGCCUGUCCCCCCCGAGUCCCCUCCCAUGGGGCCAGAGAGCGACAGGACCCUGUGCGAUGGGGACACAGAGAGGAUAACCCUCAGCCCGGGCUCAUCGGUAGAAUCUUUGGACACAGCCAUGGAUGUGGCUCAGCCCUGCGCCGCUCACCAAGUUGGGGAAGAGGAAGUGCAGAGAGAGGGAGGAGAGAAGGACCCAGGGAGGGAUCAGUGUAGGGACCCUCGUCUCCAGGGGGAUGAUGCCCCCAGGGAGGGGUCAGUCUCUGGGUUGACCAUGGAUCUGGCUCUAAGUCUAGUGAGGAUCUGGGAGUACAGACCUCUAAAUUCCCCUCAAGGCAGCAAGCUCCCUAUCCUGGUCAAACCCAAACUGGAGACGGGCCUCGCUGGUCUCCCCCUGUCCUUCAGGACCCCAGACUAUGACCUCUACUCCCACCCUGGUAUCCCAGAGCUGGUGACCCCCAGCAGUCAGCAGGAGCUGCAGACAGAGCUGUCAGUGAUGGAGGAGCAGUGGCUUGAUGACUAUGUGCAGUGUGGGCCCUUCCGCUUCCAGCAGGUAGCUAGCAGGACCACCACCAGCCCCUGGCUCUUAGAACAGAUACACUGGAACUAACAAGCCCAGAUAGAGGGGCUUGAAUUGGGGAGGAGAUGGGAUGGGUGUCUGUUGGCCUGGAAGGGUCGUGAUUCUACAGACAAUCAAACCAGUUUUCCCAUCAUUAUCCUAGCAACACGUCUGUAGCCAUGACAAUGGUUGCUAUAUAAACAGCGAUGCCCCGUGUUAGACAGGGUCUCCUCUGUUUAAUCCACCUCUAUAGCUUCCUUUGUCAUGUUAAUAAUUAGCUAGCCUCGUCUGUCAGGCUUACAGUGACUUGAUACAUGGCUAGGAAUGAGUGCACUGAUAUUCUAAAAUAAUGGCCACUUGAUAAGUAUGACUCAGGGAGUUUAGUGGGUUGGUUUUUCCACUGAAGGUUGAUUCACUGAAUUGAUUGAACAGCAUGUAAUCAUAAGAGCCCAGCUUGAGUCCUGGGUGUGUGUUAGUGUGUGUGUGUGUGUGUUCUACGCAUAUCCUAGGUGAUAGUCCAAAGAGCCCAUGGAGGAUUGGUUGAUCUUGGAAAUUAAAUGACAAGGAUAUUUUAGUUAUUUCACUAUCCCUGACCACUAGAGACUUUACAGACCAAAACAGCCCCUCACAAUCAUAAAGAUAGCUCUAAACAAAAAAUAAAUAAAUGCCACGCUGACGUGGAAACGGGGACUACUUUCUCAGGAAGUUAUAGUGCAGUGAACUGACCUCAUCUCUUUUCCACUCUCACACAGGGGCAUGGGAAGUGUGUGUGUGCAUGUGUGUGUACAUAUACGUGUGUUUUUUAUUUGUAUUAACCUGAACCUAUUUGUGUGUGUUGUGUUGUGUGUUAGAUGCUGCUAGAUGAGCAGCAAGGCCAGCUUUGUCAGUAUGAGACUGCUGCAGGUCAGUGUGAUACUGAGCUCCAGAAGGCCCAGCUGCAGAUCCACUCUCUACAGGCCAAGAUCAGAGAGAGCGAGGCCAGGAACCAGGUACCACUUCCCCCUCAGACUUUCACCAUUCCUCCUUCUGAAGCAGUUCCUAUUUUUACACUACUUGACCAUCAUAGCAUACAGUAGACAUGCAUCCAGGGUGGAUUAUUUGUUAAAUCUUAAGAAAAUAAACACUAAAUUUAACAUUUAAUUAGAAGGCCUGCUUAUACACUAUUUAUAAAAAAAAACUACAGUAUUAGAUUUUUAGCACUUCUCUGUGUUGUGUAGAAGCUGCAGAUGCGACUGGGGAACAUGGAGUGUGAGCUACGCUUGGUCAGAGAGGAGGCCCAGAAACAGGAACGAAACGCCCUCAACCUCGCUGAGACUGUCAACAGCAAGGAGACUGAGGUACAGAGGAAGAGAGGGAAGAGGGAGGGAGAGGGAAUGAAGGAGAGAGGCAAAAAGAGUGAGAGACAGACAAACAGAAAGAAAGAGAGAAAAUGAGAGACGAAGAGACUCUGGUAGGAGGGAGGGAGGUACACAAAGAAGAUCCAGAACAGCAGGGCACUUUACAAUGUAUUUUGUUCAACCAAUGAUGAACAAUAGGUGACUUUACUCAUGUCUUUUUUUGUGUUUCGUGUGUCUCCUUCUCAGUCAGCAGAGUUGUACCGGGUCAUAGAGGAGCAGAAUAACAUGCUGUGUUCUUUGAAAGAGCUGGCCAACAGAAACCAGCUCCAGACACUACAGGUCAGCCCUCCUCCGAACCGAACACACACCUCACACACACACUUCAUACUAAAGUCUUAGAACACUAAAAUGCUCUAAAAUCUACAGCUGACAUAACGACACCAUCAUUUACAGUUUGUGUAGCUAGGUGGGGUGGUGUUUGUCUAUCGUAGCCUUAGCUAGGUGGGGUGGUGUUAGUAGUCCCCUGUAGCUCAGUUGGUAGAGCAUGGCGCUUGCAACGCCAGGGUUGUGGGUUCGUUUCCCACGGGGGGCCAGUAUGAAAAUGUUUGCGCUCACUAACUGUAAGUCGCUCUGGAUAAGAGCGUCUGCUAAAUGACUAAAAUGUGUAGUGUGUCACAAUUUUAUCAAGAUGAUCAUUGAGAGUAAUAAGAGUUCAGCUUUCUCCAUCUCUAAUAGACCUUGUAUUAAUACACAAGCUUGAAUACCAUCCCUUGUAAUGUCCCACAGUGCUAGUAUAGAGAAAACACAGCUGACCCCAGCACACAGCACAUAGAGCUAUCUGUAUACGGCCUUCACUCUCUGGCUCUCUUCCACCCCCACCCUCCUCAUCUCCUCUCUCUCUACCCCAUCUCGGGUGCAGGUAUCUGGGGCAGAGUCAGUGCGAGGGCAGGGGGAGGUGUUGGCCCUCCAGUGCUCUCUGUUCCAGGCCCAGCUGGAGCUGCAGGCAGGCCAGAGGGCCCAGCGUAAAGCCACCAGGAGGGAGGAGGACCUCACCAGAGCCCUUUACCGCCUGGAGACAGACCUACAGGGAGCAAUGGAGCACAGACACAGUACUGAGCGACACAACCAGGUAGGGAGAGGUGUGGGGGGACGGUGUGUGUGUGUGUGUGUGUGUGUGUGUGUGGCGUAGCCUUGCAGUGCAUGCGUUUGCUUGUGUGUAAACAUUGUAUGAGACUGUGAUGCUACCUGUCUCCUCUAGGACUUGCAUCUGGCACUUGAGAAAGCUCGCUCAGAGCUGCAGCAGAGAGAUGAACAGCUGAAAGAGAGGAAGGGAGAGAGACGGAGAGAGGAGGAGGAGAGAGAGAAGAGCAUCAGAGAGCUGAGGACCUCACUACAGACCAAAGAGCAGCUGGUGCAGGUCAGACACACACACAUGCACACACACCCCACUCACACACCACCUCCGUCAUACACAGCCUUCCUAACACACUCUGUCCCUGUCUCUCAGGAGUACUCAGAGUUGUUGGACCAACAGCAGGAGCCCAGGGACAAGAGGGAUUCUCUCCUCACCAAACUGAAAGAUCGCAUCAAGGACAGGGACAGAGCACUGGAGGUGAGAGUCAUACUCUACGAGAGUUGAACCUCAGUGAAAACAUAUUACUUUAUAUAAGAGAAGUGGGCGAUUUUCCAUCAAACUCAUGAUACAGGACUGCAUGGGUUGCAUGGACAGCAGUGUCCUGCAUGGUGGUGAUUGACAGCGAUGUUCCAUUAGAGAUGAAUUCUAUUGUUCUAUUUCAUUAUGUUCCCUCCCAUCAGCGAGCGGUGGAUGAGAAGUUCCGCUGUGUGGAGGAGAAGGAGGGAGAGCAGCGUCGGCUACAGCUACUGCUCAGAGAGAAAGAGAGAGACCUGGAGAGACAACACUGUGUACUGUCCAACAACGAAGAGACCAUCACGGUACUGAUGAACACACACACGCGCGCACACACACACACACACACACUGGGUACUGAAUUCCUUCUAUCUUGCAUGUGUGUUAAAGAGUCUGGAGGUGCUGGUGCGGGGGAAGGGUUUGGAGCUGCAGCAGGUGUGUGAGGCGUGGAGGAGUGUACAGCGCCACCAUGAGGACAGUGAGGAGAGACACAGCCGCAGCCUGAGAGAGAGAGACACACUCAUUAGCCAGCUACAGAACGCUCUGCACACACGCACCAAGGAGGCUGAGGUAACAUGCCCUAAUUAAACACUUGCCACAGUAUGCACAUACUGUACACCAGCACAAAUCGAUUUUUGCUUAUCUGUGGCAAAAAUUGAAAAACUCUUGCUUCUUGAUUCUUCACACUAUUUACAAUUUCUCAUAUUCUCUCUCUCUGUCUGUCUCCUCGUCCUGGUGCAUCGCCUCCCUCCUCAGAGCGCUAUCGCAGCUCUUCAUAUCUCUCUCUCCCGGAUGUAGUCUCUCUCUCUCUCUCUUCUGACGAUCUCCACCCUCUAUACUACUCUCUCCUCAUCCCCUCUCUCUCUCUCUUCUCUCUCUAUCUCUCUCCUCACUUCUAGCUCUCUCUCCUCUCUUCUCUCUCUACUCCCCAUCUUCCCUCCAUCCCAGGACCUGCUGGGCCCUGCUAGAUAAGGUGUAAUGCAUCCACUGAGUGUGGGAGGAGUUGAAGGCUCGCCUCUCUCUGAAGGAGAAAUUGUUCCAGGAACUGCUGUCCGACCGCAGCCGUCAGUCCCAGGAGCACCACUCACAGGUCCAGGACCUGCUCAACACCAUCGGCACCAGAGACCAGUACAUCCAGGUAAUACAACCACACUGACCUGAGAGCUGUGGUUUGGUAUAGUCUGAGGGACUGAUUGGGUACAUAAAAGAGAGAGAGAGAGAGAGACAGAAUGAGAAAGAGAAAGAAAGAGCGAGAGAAUGAGAGAGAAUUCUGCCACAAAGAAGCUGUAUUGAGUCAGAUAUUUGAAUCCCCAAAAACCUCCAUCCUUUCCCUCCCUUUCCCUAUCCUCACUCUUCUCCCCCCCAAGGAAUCGGCAGGUCGUCUGGGUGAGGUGAUGAGUGAGCAGACUGUACGUCUCCAGGAGCUCCGCAGACAGCUAACCUCUGGCUCUCAGCUAGGCCUUCAGGGUCCAGACUUCCAGGGGACCAGCCAGGACCUCCGGGCCUUGCAGGAUGAGCUGCGUCUGGCCCUGAGGAGGGAGGGGGAGGCCCAGGCUGAACUCACAGCCCUCAGGACCCAGAGCACUGCCAGGCCAGCUGACAGGCAGGCAGAGUUUGGAGGUGGGCAUCAGAGGAGCAUGGGUCUCUGUCUGUAGUGGCACCUUUUUUGGGUGAUGAUGCUAACCAUAGUUAAGACUUCACAAUGUUAUUUAUAUAUUAGCUAAUAGUUUUUAAAUAUAUAUUUUUAGCUUUUUUGUAAAGCUUUGUGCAAUUCUACAUUUGUAUGUUUUAAUUGGGUUAUGUAUUAGAUUAUGUUUACAGCAGCUUAGGUAUUAAACACUUAUUUGAAUGUAUAACUAGUAGGCAAAGAAACAAAGAGGGAAGAUAUUGCUUAUGUUUACAUACAGUACAAGGGAUUUCUAACUUUGUAUGAUAGUGUCAAUAGAAUCAUAUGUUUAAGUUAUGUUAUGACUUUUAUUUAUACUAAUAAUAUGUGUGUGCCUUUGCAUGUUCAACGGCAUGAUCCAUGGUGGUUAUAUACCAUGUAAUGGUAUUGUGCAGUGGUGGAAAAAGUACUCAAUUCUCAUACUUUAGUAAAAGUAAAGAUACCUUAAUAGAAAAUUUGUAUGAAAAAUGUAUGCACUCACUAACUGUAAGUCGCUCUGGAUAAGAGCGUCUGCUAAAUGACUAAAAAAAGUAAAAGUGAAAGUCACCCAGUAAAAUACUACUUGAGUAAAAGUCUAAAAGUAUUUGGUUUUAAAUAUACUUAAGUAUCAAAAGUAAAAGUAUGAAUCAUGUAAAAUUCCUUAUAUUAAGCAAACCAGACGGCACAAUUUUCUUUUAUUUAUUUAUUUACCGAUAGACAGGGUCACACUCCAACACUCAGACAUAAUUUAAAAACAAAGCAUUUGUGUUUAGUGAGUCCACCAGAUCAGAGGCAGUAGGGAUGACCAUGGACGUUCUCUUGAUAAGUGUGCGAAUUGGACCAUUUUCUGUCCUGCUAAGCAUUCAAAAUGUAAUGAGUACUUUUGGGUGUCAGGGGAAAAUGUAUGGAGUAAAAAGUACAUACUUUUCUUUAGGAAUGUAGUGAAGUAAAAGUAAAAGUUGUCAAAAAUAUAAAUAGUAAAGUAAAGUACAGAUACCCAAAUUAACUACUUAAGUAGUACUUUAAAGUAUUUUUACUCAAGCACUUUACACCACUGGUAUUUCAUGUUGAUAUACCAAUCUCUGCAACUCAGAUUUGUAUAGAAUAUCUAAUAAUGACUGCUGUCUGAAAUGUGCACUUCAAGUUGAUUAGAAGUGAUGUUUGCUUUUGCCAGAGUACAGUACAUUUCAACAACCAUGACAUUUAUUGUUUGGUUAUCUCUAUAAACCAUUGUCUGAUUGCCACACUAUAAGGACCACAGUAUACAGUAAGUUGUGUAUGACUUUGUUAUCUGACCUUGGGAAUCCUCCUCAUCUCUUCGACUAGAGGUAUGUCAAAUAUUCAUCCUUUCUCCCAGAGACAUUACCCAGCAUGUGUGUCUGAAAGAGAAACCAUCUGAUCUGAUAACAUGGCAGAAGCUGCUUUGCUACAGUCUUUACCAUCUGUCACAAGUACUGUAACAUCAUUAUCAAUAGAGCACAAACCUUGUGUUGAGCUUAAUAAACAAACCUUGUGUUAUAUUGUUGGGUUGAUAUGGUGUUUAUGGUGUUCUUGGCUCAACUGUCCCUCGCUCCCUCCUCACCUCCCUCCCUGACUUCCUGCAUAAACAUAGUCCACAUGAGUUGUUCAUAAACUUAUAUAUAUCCAGUUACAUUAAGAUGAAUCUGUUAAUACACCUGAUUCUCUCCACUCUCAAACCUGUCACAGUUGAUUCUACUCAGAGUAAUAGUAGUAUUUGUAGAUAAAAGGUAUGAAACCCACCUAGACAUACAGUGUGGAUGCAUGACUGCAUGAGCAUAUAACCAUAUAUACAAAAUCCCCCCAAUUUUUUACAUUUAGCAGACGCUCUUAUCCAGAGCGACUUACAGGAACAAUUAGGAUUAAGUGCCUUGCUCAAGGGCACAUCGACAGAUUUUUCACCUAGUCGGCUCGGGGAUUAGAACCAGUGACCUUUCAGUUACUGGCACUACGCUCUUAACCACUCCCGCCCAAUUUCAACAGUAAAAUGCUCCAAUUGCAUUAGUCUAUUUGAUGGUUUGAAGGGCCAUGUACAUUACAUAGAAACAAGGGAAGACUUUCAUUUUGCAUGUUUACAUGUCAAUUAGAUUUCCCUAAUCACAUUUAUCUGUGAAAAGAGAAUAUUGUAUCACUAAAGCCUGUAUCGCUUAAGUCUCUAUCACUCACUCGGCUGUCUGACAGUACAAGAUUACAGCCAGCUAGUGCUUAGCCAUGCUUUUGAAUGAGCUUCUAUUUGAAUAGAGUAUAUUCCUGAAAUCCAACACUAAACAGAUUACAUAGAGGUCAAGACAAAAUGAUGGACUCUUAUUAUAUUACCCCAAAGAUGCCUUAUCCUUUUUAGAAUGUGCAUUCUGCACUGUUUGUAAAACUACUCCAAUAGCCUUACAUUAAACAUUUAGAAUCCUCUCCUCCUAGCCCUCUAGUCUGCGAUACCUUACCCUGUUACUCCACAGAGCUGUGUCUGUAGGUUUGUAUUUACUGUAAGCGGUUAAAGUAUCUGCUCUUACUGUAUACUGACAGUAUAUCUUACAGUUUACCUUACAGUAUAUCUUCCCGUACAGUAGUAUAUCCCAGUACAGUGAGAUAGAUUCCCUCAGAGGAAAUGUGGGUCUAUUUGAAGAUUCUCUUCCAGUCAUUACUGAGAGGUGGGAGAGGUUUAAAGGGUGACCACCACCAUUACUGAAUGUAAGAAGCAUCUUUUGUCGAUGCGUUCACGUCAGUUUGCUUUUUGGUGGAAAGGCUUUGACAUACAGAAAGGCCAGGAUUGGGGUAGGCUAUGUACAGUAUUAAAAAAAAAAUGGUUGUUGAAUUGUACUCUGGCAAAAGUAAGAAGUGUCAAGGAUUUGUAUGUUUUGAUCGAUCUGUUGCCACAAAUGCAGUACUCUACGUCAGUGUGACAUUUUCUUUUAAGGCUUUUCUUUUCAGAACUUGUGUGUAUGUGUCCAUGUUUAUGCUUAUGUUUCAACUAAGAACUGCAUUCUGUGGUCUCGGUUCUCUUUCUAGAAUUCAGCUCAGAGGACGAUUAUGAUGAAGAUCUCAACAGUAACUAUGCAGACAGCAUGGAGGAAGAGGACUCCAAACUGACAGCUCGAACCCUAGCCACCAUGCAGGUAGGCCAUGUACUGUACCUAUAAUAUUGAAAUAGUGGUAGAUUAUUUUGUCUUAAUCAUGUCACAUUGAAUCUUUCCUAACCACCACUCAUAUUUUAGUUAUCAACCUGGGUGAUCCAAACACACUGUGGCGAUUUUUGCAUGAUUUGGGCACACUCGGUUCUCGCUAUCGGAUCUCUCUAUCUCAGAGCGAUCGAUAGAGCUCUCUAGCUAUCGACGGUAUCUACGCUAGCUCUAUCUCUAGCGAUAGAUGCUCUAUCUCUCUAUCUCUCUCUCUAUCUCUCUCUAUCUCUCUAGCUCUCUCUCUCUGCUCUCUGCUUCUCUAGAUAUUCGAUCUCUCUCUCUCUCUCUCUCUCCAUCUCCUCCAAUCAGCACUCUGGAGGACUUGGGAAGGGGAAGCUAUCCCAGGAGGCAGUGGGAGAGGCCCAGGGGCUGGUGGAGGUGAAACAGCUGGUGCAACAGAAGAGGGUGGUGGAGAGAGAGCUGCAGGAGCUCAAGGCUCAGCUGGAGAAGGCCGGCUUCUCCUCCCUGUCCAGGAUGAGGUAACACACGCUGACUGCAUACAUGUUAUUAUGAAACAUGAUAUAUACACACUAUACACUGAGUGUAUAAAACAUUAAGGGCACCUUGCCAAUAUUGAGUUGCACCACCCCGUUUGUCCUCAGAACAGCCUCAAUUCGUCAGGGCAUAGACGCUACAAGGUGUCGACAGCGUUCCACAGGGAUGCUGGCCCAUGUUGACUCCAUUGCUUCCCACAGUUGUGCCAAGUUGGCUCGAUGUCCUUUGGGUGGUGGACCAUUCUUGAUACACACGGGAAACUGUUGAGAGUGAAAAACCCAGCAGCAUUGCAGUUCUUGACACAAGCUGGUGCGCCUGGCACCUACUACCAUAUCCCGUUCAAAGGCACUUAAAUCUUUUGUCUUGCCCAUUCACCCUCUGAAUGGCACACAUACAAAAAUCCUUCUUUAACCUGUCUCCUCCCCUUCAUCCACACUGAUUGAAGUGGAUUUAACAAGUGACAUCAAUAGGGAUCAUAGCUUUCACCUGGAUUCACCUGGUCAGUCUAUGUCAUGGAAAGAGCAGGUGUCCUUAAUGUUUUGUACACUCAGUGUAUAUAUGAAUGAAAGUGAAUGAGAUUAACCAGAUGAAAAUAAUGAAAAUAUUGACUCAGCCUAAAUACAUUUAGACUAACAACUAUUUUUGUAUUUUUUGACAAUUACAGUGGUGUACAUACGGAGGUCCAGCUUAUAGAUUGACAAACGCCUGUGGUUUUCACCCUGGCUUGAGCAGUGGAUAUGAGAGGUGUUAGUUGAGAUGUGUCUGUGUUCUCUCUCACACAGGAAAGCCCUCUUCAGCCUACGCAUGGAGAACGUGGAGCUGAAGUCUCACCAGACAGAGAGACAGUCAGAGACAGACCCCAGCGAUGAACAGAGAUUCCUGGAAGAAGAGGAGGAUGAAGAAGAGCUGGAUGUGGAGGAGGAGGAAGAGGAGCUGUGUGAGGUUGAUCUAUCUGAUGGCUGGGAUGAGCACUGUGCCCCCAGGCCCACCUUGAGAGACCCUGGCCUGGGGAUGAGACCCUGCACUAGGCCUGUCUCUCUGGACCUGGGAGCCCUGCUGUCCCACUCCACACAGGAAGGGGAAGACAUCACACCAAAUUAUACUCUAAUAACGCGUGCUACCGUAUGUAUGGUAGGUCAACUGUGAGAGGCCCAUAGACUGAUUACCUCAAGGAAGGAAUAUCAUUCUAAAUAUUUAAACAAGCCUGAAAUGAAUCUCUGGAUCUCUAUGGACACAACACUGACAUUACUCUGGUCCUGUGUUGCAGGAUGAUGAUGAGGGGGACGCAGGAGGAGGAGAAGCUGGAGGCAGGAAGCAGAGCCCCACAGAAACAGUGAUGGUUGAGAAUGCUGUGUGGCUCCGGCUGGAGAGCGAGGAGUUGCAGGAGAGACUCAUGGUGUCUGAGGCCACUGUGGAGGCUCAGGCUGAACAGCUCAAAGACUACAGAGACCUACUGAGUGAGUCAAUACACCCUCACCAGAUAAACACACACAUGCACAUAUGCACACACACUGUCUGUCUAUCACACAUACGGUAAUAUGCUACAUGCAUGAACUAUUCUAAUGUAUCAUUCUCUCUCUCUCUCUCUCUCUCUCUCUCUCUCUCUCUCUCUCUCUCUCUCUCUCUCUCUCUCUCUCUCUCUCUCUCUCUCUCUCGCUCGCUCUCUCUUUCUUUCUCUUUCUCUGUCUUUCUGUAGCGGAGACGUCUGUGCAGCAGGACAGUAAGCAGGUCCAGGUGGAUCUACAGGACAUGGGCUAUGAGACGUGUGGUCGCAGUGAGAAUGAAGCUGAGAGGGAGGAGACCAGCAGCCCAGGUACUUACUGUUACUAUUGACACUACAAAUAUCAGCAGGUCAUUCUUUACACUAAAGUACUGCUGUACUCUGCAAUACUUGAGGGUUAUUGGGAGAUUGAAACAAUCUACUAUGGUUUAGUAAAGCCACAAGAGGGCAGUACUGUAUAUCAGUUGUCUAAUCCACGUCCCCUCCCUUUCUGUUCCCCGCAGAGUUUGACGAUCUGGAGAUGUGCACGUCUCUGGAGUGCGGCGGCUCCCAGUGGUGGUCAGGCGUUGUGCAUCCUGGGAAGGCCAGUCCUCCAACAUCAACCUCCGAGGCUGAUGACUUCACAUCUCUCCAGCGAUUGGUUGAGGAUCUGCGCUCGCAGCUCUCCCGCUCCCAGAUGGUGAUCCGGAGCCUCCAGGGCCGCCUGCGCUCCCUCUCCACCUCCAGCGACCCCUUCGGCCCCUCCACCCCCCGCAAGGUCAGCUGGGCCUUCCAGUUCCAGUCCUCGCCCUCCCAGAGCGGCCUGGAUGAGGACGAGGGCUGGGAGUCGUCUGGUGGGGGUCUAGGGCCCAAACCCGACAAGGACCUCCAGGAGCUGGUGUCUCGCGUGGGAGCCCUGGAGGACCAGCUGAGGAGGGGCAAAGGGACCCCAGCAGGGACUCCAGGGCUCCCUGCAGAGGGAAAGGCUGCCACCUGGCCUGGUCCUGGGUAGGUAGUGCCACCACUAACCCUGGUCCACAUGUUAGAAUGUAUGCAGUGUACAGUUAUCACAGCAGUGUACAGAGUAUCACAGCAGAUUAAUUUACAGUAAACACAGUAUAUGUGGCCCAUGCUGGAAUGGAAUCCACAAUCCUAGAAACAUGCUCAAAUCCACUGACCUAUGGGAACCAGUUUGUUUCAUAUUGACACUUGCUUCUUCAUCUGUCUGUCUCAUAUUGACUCUUCCUUCUACCUCUGUCUCCUUGCAGGAAGUUUGAUACCCUAAUACAGGCGCAGGCCCGUGAGCUGUCGCACCUGCGCCAGAGGACGCGAGAGGGGCAUGGCGUUUGCCACAUCCUGACCCAGCACCUGGGCGACACCACCAAGGCCUUCGAGGAACUGCUGCGUGCCAACGACAUCGACUACUACAUGGGCCAGAGCUUCAGAGAACAGCUGGCACAGAGCAGCGCCCUGGCACAGAGAGUCAGCACCAAGAUCAGGGGACGUGAGUGGAGAGGAGACCAGACAUUUAGACACAGAAGAUAUCCACCAUUGCACACAAAUAGCACUUACUGUACACAAAAACACACAAUUAUACACAAUUACAUGUGGGGCUGGCAAAAUGAUCGUAUAAUCACGUAACCUAUAAUUAUGGACAAUAACUUUGAUCUUAUUUGAUUUGGCCAUUAACAAAAAAUGUGUUGCGUCAAAAUCAUCUUAAUACAUUAAUUUUAGGAGAAGGGGGGUUUUAACUUCAUCUGCAAGUCGAUAUAGUUUUCCCAAUAGCAGUUUUAUAUUUUUACAUGAAGUGGGUAAAGUUUGUAAUCAUUUUAUGAGCAAAACGGCACGGUCGGGAGCAGAAAGUUCAUUUCUAAAAGUUGCAAGCGGUCAAAUCCAUUUGUUUUUAAGACAGGGGUGUCACCAAAGCUAUGUUUUAUUCAUUAGGUAUGUCAUAUUUAGUUUUCAAAGUUGCCUUAUGAUGCAUUACAAGCUCAAAACAUUUUUCAUCAAAAUUGACAAUUAUAACAAUAACCGUGGCCAUUUGCAAGACAUUUAAUCCUUACCCAAAAUGACAUAAUCGUUACAGCCCUAAUUACACGAUACACAUGAGAUAACGGCUAGCUAAUAUGCUCAAUCUUCAAUAUCUUUUAACUUUACAACAGACAUUUGCAAACACAAUUUAUCAGUCAUGUCCAGUCAUGCCCAACAAGAGAUAGCAUGAGUGUGUGUAUUGUCCAUAUAUAAAGUGCUAAUGUCUCUCUUCAGGGGAUCAUCCAGAGAUUCCUGAUGACAAGACUGGCACAGAGCUGCUCGCCAUACGGUAUGCGUCUGCCAAUUUGCAUAUGUGUGUGUUUGCAACAGUAUGACAUCAAUGCAACAGUAUUUCAUCAGUAUCAGUGUCAUCUCUGGUUGGUAUUGUUGGUAACUGUUCUGUAAAGCAAUAGAUCUUGGCAGUUGGAAAAUAUUGAUUGUUGUUUGGGGGCCUGUGUGUCCUCCACUGGGGUUAUCUCUCUCUGGUUUGUCACUUGAUCAGUGAUCCACACAGACAAUCAAUUAGUCUGAUUAACUCACUGGCAGACCAGCACACUGGACAGUUGGCUGUGACGAUCAUCAGAGAUCGAGAUCAAUCAGUUGCUCAUGUCGCUGACGACAUCGGAUCUCAAUCCAAUACACCACUGUGAUUGUUGUUGUUGGGGUGUACUCUCUUUGAGAACUACUGAAAGACAGAUCUCUCCAUUUCCUUAUUUUCCUUUCCUAAGUCUAUUUUCGUUCACUCACUUGCCAAUCAUCUUUGCCCUCUCUCUUUCUCACCCUCUCUAAUCCCCUCGCCCUCAUGCUGGUAGUGUGGCUGGUUUUAUAGCGUUAGCCACAUUAGCAUUAAGGCUAACAUGUUGAGUCAGGGCCAUGUGACGUCACCACUGCUAACCAGCCCCAUGGUGACAGUCAUUGGAGAGGAGCGUUGUGAUUGGAUGAACCCACUGCCCUUCCUCCGCCUCCCUCUGAUGAUUGUGGCAGCAGCCUCAGACCGCCACUUGGGGGAUUUGGUUGCUGAGAUGGCAUCCUUUUUUUCUUCCCAUCAUGCCUCUGUGUGUGUGUGUGUGUGUGUGUGUGGUGUGUGUGUGUGUGUGUGUGUGUGUGUGUGUGUGUGAGCGAGAGAGAAAGUGGGCAUUAGCCAGUCAACCAGGCUGCAGUGGUGUGGGCAUGCGGACAAGACUCACACUGUCUUGUGUUUGGGUUCAGACUCAGAAAAGGAGGGGAGAGGAGUGUGUGAGUAUGAGAGAGGGAGAGAGACAUAAGCACAACGAACAGAACCUGACAAACAUUGUAUUCCUGUGUCAGCUUGUACGGUACUGUAACCUUUUUGAUCUCUUCAUCUCAUCGCGUGACGUGGUCCUCAUAGUCGACUGGUGCUGAAUAACCUCUGAAUAACUACAAUGACUGUCCUCGUUUGUGGGGUCAUGCUGUGCGACCAGGGGCCUGUGGGGUCAGCCUGUCCGCUGGAUGGCCCUGGGAUCUGGGUGCAGGUAGACAGAGACUUACGGACCAGAGCAGAACAUUCGAGCACAGCAAGCUGCUAGCUAUCUCUAUUGCUAAAAGAACAGUCUCUCUUUCCUCUUCUGAAGCAGUGGCACAGGCUGCAUCUGAGAUGACACUAUGUCCUAUUCCUUAUACUGCACUACCUUUGACUUACAAGCACUACAUAAGUGCACUAUAGGGAUUAGGAUGUCAUUUCAUGUCAGGUCAGAUGCAUCCAUGGCCGAAUAGCUCCCAGGCCCAGACCAGCAUAGAAACCCACCUCUGUGCCAUGCAAGGGUGUUGGGGAAGUAUACAAUAAACACACAGUAGCAGUAACUCUGUCCCAGCUCUCCUCUCUUUCUUCCCUUUCGCUCGGCUAGAGCUCUUCUCUCAUUUAAGGCAAAAAUGGGGAGAUUCUGAUUUAGAGGACUACUUUCCCCUAGAGUUGAUGUGUCCUUAUAGGGUUGAGAGUAGGGUCAGGCAUUGCAUUGUGGGUAAUUAUAGGUGCCUCUCCCUCUCUCUCUCUCUUAUAAAAGGGAGAGGAUGGAGAGAGAGAGAGAGGCAGGGCUAGGGGAUAUAACCCUGCAGUACUGCCACACAGAUGGCCAACCAGAUGCGGAGGACUUAAAUGUGUUUUAGUGCCAUUCGACUCAUUUAGGACAAGCCCUUAAUUGAGUGAGUAAAAAGAGGGGAUUUGUAUUGAUUUGAUUCCCUUGCAUGUGCCUUCUCGCGGGAGGGAACUGAAAUAGGUCAGGAUCAGCUAAAUCUACAGAGAGAGGGAGAGAGAGGGAGAUAGAGAGAGAGAGAGAGAGAGACGCAGAUUGAAACAGAGAGAGGGAGCGAGCGAGAGCGUCACUUUGCCCCACAGCUAGCAAGAGAAGAGCAAAGCCUAGUGUAGAGCAUGAUCCAGCACAGGCUCAGCAUGUCCAUUUCUAAAACUACAGGAGCACUACGGAGAAUCAGGGCUCUAUUACUAUUAUGUGCAAUGGUGGAUUCUCUGAAUACUGCAUUUGAUUCAUACUAAGCCCUGGGACUUUUUAAAAGGGGACGCAUUGACUACAGUACCUGGAAUUCUACUUUGGAUCUUCAUCUUGUGCUUUUAGUGGAUUUUAGACAAAUGUUUUGUUCCUUUUUUGAAGUAUACAACCUCUUCAAAUAUCCAGUUUGAGGUAAAAUGUAAUAAACAAUCAUUUUUGGGGGAAGGAACAGAUGUUCCCCUCACACUGCAAUACCUGCAGACAGAGAGGCUUAGAAGAACAGCAUUUGACAAAGGGCCGGAUAGGAACUGUUUUUUUGGGCCAGCGCUGCAGUGUGGGGUUUACAACACACAGAAGGCUGACUAGGGUUAUCUGACUCUUUGUGUUUGACCAUUCAGCCCCGGAUACACCCGCCUAACAUCCCACUCUGCUCUCUCCGUCUCUGGAAAAACACCACUCUCUCCGGUCGCUCUGUGUUGUGUUUGGCUGGUGGUGGGAAAAGAGGGAAAAGACAGCGGUUUCCUUGAACGCAGGAUCGGAUGCUCUCUCUUCUUCCCAGAGGGACACUGAGAGAAAGAGGGAGACAGAGCUAUUGCUGUCCUCAGGCAGUGAGUGACUGAGUCACAGCGCAAUGUGAAUAACUCUCCUCCAUGCUGUACCAAAACACCAGUGCUUCUUUAAAGCAAAUAUAACCGGCGUCAUUGUGCUAGCUAAGCAUACAUCGCUGCCUCCCUGAACUUGCCUCUGACUGGGCUUGAACCAAGGUCCUCUACCUCACCAACAGGAUCCAAUUCAAUUGCACCAUUGAAAGACCUCUUGUUUAAAGAGGGGGAAAUGCCACCUGAUCUAAGUUACUGCACAGCAGAUUUGGGAUUUGUGGGACAUUGUUAGGCUUGUCUGUACUGGACUGGCCUGGGUCAGGUGCUGCUUACGAGACUGCACUAGUCACAGUCACAGCCCCCACACACAUUUGCGCAUCCAUAUCCUCAUUCUGUGUGUGUGUGUGUGUGUGUGUGAUGUGUGGCGGCAGUGGAGACAGCCAGCAGAUCGGCCUACUCCCCUGGACGUCUCUGUCUCUAGGCCAAAUCUGGGGAUUUACUCUGCUUUUCACCUGAUUGCUCACGACCAGUCAUCCCACUAUCCCUGCCUCCAUCCCUCCCUCUAGCCCGUUCCCCCUCUCCUAACCUACGUAACACUCCGGAGAUCACGUCCUUGGCAGUAAGCUAUUUACCGUGGGGACCCAGCUGAGAGGUGUUGCCACGGCUACGACCCCUCACGACGAGGACUAGGACAACGACUGUCACACUAGUUUGGAGGAGGAGGAGGAGGAGGAGGAGCAGAGAGGCCAGGAUAGCGGCUCUCUAGCCCAGGGAGGAGGGACUUUGGUGGGGCAGGCUGGCCAGUUGAGCAGGGGGCCCGAGCCCAUGGCUCCACUCUGGAAGGCCAUGCUGUCUAAGAGCAGCCCUCUGUACAGAGACUCUCUGUUCUCCUUCUCUCUGUGGGAGAGCCGGGCCCAGGAGAGAGAACUGGCCCUGUACAGAAAACACACUGAAAGAGAGAGAAGGGCCCUGCACUGGCAGCUGGAGAAGUAAGAAUCCUACAUUUAUUGUUUGAGUAACGUUAGAGUGAUAGUAAUCGUUAACUGUGUACUAUACAGUAAGUCCUUCAGAUGAGAGGCCAGUGCUGGACUGCAAACAGAUGGGAUACACUACACAAGUCCGCUGUGUGUGUGUGUGUGUGUGUGUGUGUGUGUGUGUUUGUGUGUUUGUGUGUUUGUGUGUGUGUGUGUGUGUGUGUGUGUUGUGUGUGUGUGUGUGUGUGUGUGUGUGUGUGUGUGUGUGUGUGUGUGUGUGUGUGUGUGUGUGUGUGUGUGUGUGUGUGUGUGUGUGUGUGUGUGUGUGUGUGUGCUUGUGUGUGUGUAGAGGGAUCAGCCUGGCACUGGUUUAGAUUGGUGAGCUGAGGUGACCUUCACACUGCCAACAGGAUGCUGCUAUCAAUUAAUUAAUUCAGCUGAGGGGGAACUGUGUGUUAGUGUCAGUCUUUCUUUUUUUAACCCACUGUGAAUAUUUCUUAUUUUUCUAUAUUACUCUGUAAUAUGUGUUUUAUUUAUUUUGUGUGGUUUUGUCUUGUCCUGUUCACUGUUGCAAUAUUAUGCCUCUUGGCCAGGUUGUUAUUGUAAAUGAAAAUUGGUUCUCAAUUGACUUAUCUGGUUAAAUAAAGGUGAAAUCGAUAUAAAAUAAAUAAGACCUUGAGUGAGCUGAUAUCAGCCUGUGUCUGUGUUGAUCGCAGUUUGUCUCUCUGUGGGCAGUAAGGUGCUUCAGCUUCAGGGAGGAUAGGAUCACCAAGCAUCUUUCUUUGUCUGUACAGGGCAGGACAGUAGGGUGACUAGGACAGGACAGGACAGCUAAUGGCUUAAUCAUGCUUUGAUUGUCCCUCUGUCACUAGAGAGCAGAUGUAUGGCCAUAUGUGGGCAAGGACAAGAUCACUGAGUGUCUCCCUAUAUGUUUGUGUGUGUGUACAGGCUGAGUAAGGAGCUACAACAGAAGGAUAAGUUCAUUGAGUCUCUCCAUGCCAAACUCAACCAGCACCAGCCACGUUCUGACACACCCUGCAGUAGCCAUGCCCUCUCUGACACCACGGACCAAUCAGACCACAUCUCAUUCGUGUCUGAUGAGCACGGGCUCCACCAAUGAGGACCUGGAGCUGUGCUCAGACAUAGACGCAGCCAGCGAGUAUGGACCAGGAGGACAGACGUGCCUCCACUAGAGCUAGUACAGGUACAGGGAAUAAUAGACACACGCAGACACACAAAUGACUGCCCAUCCAUAUUUCUAAUGCCCAGCAGUGCACAACUUAACUGUCUUAUUUUCAUUCAUCAUCUCUCAGAUUCUCACUGCAACAGUGUACCCAUGUCACACCACCCCUCCACCCCUCCAUCCACCACUUCAUCCCACGGACACCAGUCCUCCAUCAGCUGUCCAAGCAUGCAGCUGUCAGGGGACACACAGACACAGACAGGUAGGCAGAGAGACAGGAAGAGAGAGGAGUGGAAGUGACUGUAUUAUUCAUUGUGUCCACAUACUGUACUUGAUCAUGUCCAGCCAUUGUGAAGUGUUUUCGUCCCUCAUACCUCUCCCGGUCCCACCCCUCUUUCUGUAACCCUGUCAUCUCUUCUUCUCUCUGUCCUCUCCUUUCUCUCCAUUCUCAUCUGUAUUUCUCCUCCGUACCUCCAGCCCUCUACAGUGGGCCAGUGUCCAGUUCCCUCCCCACCCCUCCCCAGCCCCCCAUCCCCAACCCCAGCCCCUCUACCACCCAGACCUCUCCUCUCAGAGAGCCCCUCUGCCCUUUGACCCCCACACGGGCAACCUGCGACCCCGUUACCAUGGCAGCGGGCCCGGGGGCUUCUCCCUGGCAGAGGUUCACCAGGAGCUGCAGAUGUUACAGAGGCAGCUGGGAGAUACUGAGCGUGCGUCACUCUGCCUGCACUUUAUGUGUGUGCCUGUGUGUGUGUGUGUGCGUGUAGCAUGGUGUGGCUACAUUUGUCACGCUUUGAACACAUCAUGUAAUUACAUGAGGUUAUAAGCUCUAAAAUUGACUUUUUAACUGUUGUAUUACAGUAAUAGUGUAAUUUGGUUUUCAUUGAUAAACUUGGUGUACAGAAAGUGAGUUUCACAUUCAAAGCUCUAAACUCAUGGCAGUAAUGUAAGAUGGAGAGAAGAGAUGGAGGAGAGGGAGGGAUGAGGGGGUUCCAAGUGUAAUUGAGCAAGUUGAUGUGAUGUAGUCCAACUCAUGGCUUUGAGCUAACUGAUCAUACCCCCCCCCCCCCCCACUACUCCUGAUUCCCCACAACCUAACUCUCCACCAUCCAAACAUCCCAACACAGGAGGCUUUGAUAGUGUUCUGACUCUCUCUGAGUUAUCUAUCUCACAACAAGCUGCCUGGCCAACCUUUUUAUUCAUGCUUGGGCUUUUCUGUCUUUCUUACUGCAGGUUUUUCAGUUCCUUCAGCCAAGCCAUUUGUUGGCUUCCCCAUGUUGGCCCACCCCAAGGCAGAUCCCUCCAGUUACCUGCCACAGCCUCUGUCCUACCACACCUUCCACCCAUCUCCUCUCAGUGGCCCCAUGAAGGCAGGCGCCAGUCUCCUGGAGAGCAGUGCAAUGUGGGACAUGGCUUACGGUGCUCAGCCAAUUAGAAUUGGCGCUGCUGAUUUGUCAUCAGGGUCGUCAGGAUACCAGUCUGGCACCAGCCAUACAGGUGUGUGUUUAUCUGAGUUUUAAUGUAAACGUGUGUGUGCGUGUGUGUGUGCGUGUGUGUGAGUGUGUGUGUGUACUUGUUUUCCUACAUUAUCAGGACCCCAAUGGUCUAACAAUUCACCCGAAUGUCCUGAAAGGGUCGGAAAAACAAUAACUUUUUUGAAGUCAGGAUGUUUUUUGGGUCCUGAAUUAGUUAAAAUGCUAUUUUAAGGUUAAGGUUUUGGGGUUUUGGGUUAAGGUUAGGUUUAGGGUUUUUGGGGUUAAGGCUGGGGUUAGGUUAAGGGUUAGGUUUAGGGUUAGGGAAAAUAAAAACAUUUAUGGUCACAUUUCUUUACACUCAUUAAAGUCCUGAAAUUUCACAAAAACAAAGCUGUGUGUGUGUGUGUGUGUGUUUAUGGAUAUGUUUUUUGGAUGCCCGUUUAAUAAAUAAAUAAUUGUGUUAUAUAUUCUAUACAAAACAUUUUAUGUUGUGAAAUGUAAACAGCAUUUUGAUGUGUGGUUUGGUGCAGGUUCUGACCUGAUGAAGGAGCACCUGAGGGAGAUCAGGAGUCUACGUCAACGCCUGGAGGAUUCCAUCCAGACCAAUGAGCGCCUCCGACAGCAGCUGGAGGAGAGACCGGUCAACCAAGCCAGAGACAAAGGUACCAGACCACCAACACACCGUUACUCAGACCAUGUCCAUAUUAUUUCUACAUCCAACUUUUCAGUCACUAGCGAAAUGUCUUGUCUCUCCUCAUCCAGUUCUCUUCCUCUUCCUCCUCAGGUGCCCCCACCAACAUCUACAUCCAGGGCUUGGACUCUGUCAGCCAGCUUCCCGGUGAGAUCAGAGCUCUGAAAGAGGAGAACCUCAGCCUGCAGGCCCGACUCCAACAAGCCAGCAGAGGUAACUAACCGCAUGGCUCCUAGUACUCUCAAUACUCCCCAAUAUACUCUUAAUACACAAAAAUACUCUCAAUACUCUUACACAGUGAGAGAGUUCAAUUAAGCUGAACCGCGGUGAGGGAGGAGCGCCCUUCUCAAAUCGAACAGUAAUCUGCGCCGCUCGGUCAUGUUGUCAACAAGGUAGCAUGAUGCAUCGUUCAGAAACAAACAACAUAUAUUUUCCAUAAAAUAUAUGUUUGAAUUUUCCAAGUAGUUUUCAUUGGGAAGGUAGAUUAAGCGUUUUUAUCAAAAGCAAUCCUACUCAUCACUCCACGUGCUGAACCUACGUCACUUUUGUUUUAAGGCAACUUUUGUUUAAGUCUAAACGGGGCACCUGCACUCUCAGAAAUAAAGGUUUAGAUUUGUUCUUAAAGGGUUACAAAACACUUGUCACUGUAGUCUACCCUGUAAGGUACGUCCUUUGUACCUUUUGUUAAAGGUACAUAAUUGUACUCUUGCAGUUCAGUUCAUAGCUUAAAUCAUGCGAUAAUGGCGCCGGAGAAGAUGGCUGCCAUUUUACAGCCCUCUAACCAAUUCUACUAUUAUGUGUGUUUUUUGGCAUUAUUUGUAAUUUAUUCUGUACAUAAUGUUUCUGCCACAAUCUGUUAUGACCAGAAAGAGCUUCUGGAUAUCAGGACAGUGAUUACUCACCUCGUAUUGGACAAAGAUUUUUUCUUCAACGAGUCGGACGCGAAGGAUAUCCUACAGACACCCGACAAGGCCCAAAUCCCCGUCAUUCACAUGAGAAAGAGACGGAGAUAUCGUGGACGUAGGUCGGGGUGCCUUGUAAGGAUCCGACGGCGAGCGAGUAAACUGCCUCUUCCAUCAACCCUAUUAGCCAAUGUUCAAUCAUUUGAAAAUAAGGUAGACGACCUAAGAUUACGGUUAUCCUACCAACGGGACAUUAAAAACUGUAAUAUCUUAUGUUUCACCGAGUCGUGGCUGAACGACGACAUUGAUAACAUACAGUUGGCGGGAUAUACGCUACAUCGUCAGGAUAGAACGUCUGACUCUGGUAACACAAGGGGUGGCAGUCUGUGUAUAUUUGUAAACAACAGCUGGUGCAAAAAAUCUAAUACUAAGGAAGUCUCAAAAUGUUGCUCGCCUGAGGUAGAGUAUCUCAUGAUAAGCUGUAGACCACACUGUUUACCAAGAGAGUUGUCUUCUAUAUUUUUAGUAGCUGUCUAUAUACCACCACAAACCAAUGCUGGCACUAAGACUGCACUCAAUGAGCUGUAUAAGGCCAUAAGUAAACAGGAAAACGCUCAUCCAGAGGCAGCGCUCCUAGUGGCCGGGGGACUUUAAUGCAGGGAAACUUAAAUCCGUUCUAUCUAAUUUCUACCAGCAUGUUAAAUGUGCAACCAGAGGAAAAAAAACUCUAGACCACCUUUACUCCACACACAGAGACGCAUACAAAGCUCUCCCUCAUCCUCCAUUUGGCAAAUCUGACCAUAACUCUAUCCUCCUGAUUCCUGCUUAUAAGCAAAAACUAAAGCAGGAAGCACCAGUGACUCGGUUAAUAACAAAGUGGUCAGAUGACGCAGAUGCUAAGCUACAGGACUGUUUUGCUAGCACAGAUAGCAUUGAGAUAGCAUUGAGGAGUACGCCACAUCAGUCACUGGCUUCAUCAAUAAGUGCAUCGAUGACGUCGUCCCCACAGUGACCGUACGUACAUACCCCAACCAGAAGCCAUGGAUUACAGGCAACAUCCGCACUGAGCUAAAGGCUAGAGCUGCCGCUUUCAAGGAGCGGGACUCUUACCCGGACGCUUAUAAGAAAUCCUGCUAUGCCCUUCGACGAAUCAUCAAACAGGCAAAGAGUCAAUACUGGACUAAGAUUGAAUCGUACUACACCGGCUCUGACGCUCGUCAGAUGUGGCAGGGCUUGAAAACUAUUACAGACUACAAAGGGAAGCACAGCCGCGAGCUGCCCAGUGACACAAGCCUACCAGAAAAGCUAAAUCACUUCUAUGCUCGCUUCGAGGCAAGCAACACUGAAGCAUGCAUGAGAGCAUCAGUUGUUCCGGAUGACUAUGUGAUCACGCUCUCCGUAGCCGAUGUGAGUAAGACUUUUAAGCAGGUCAACAUUCACAAGGCCGCAGGGCCAGACGGAUUACCAGGACGUGUACUCUGAGCAUGUGCUGACCAACUGGCAAGUGUCUUCACUGACAUUUUCAACAUGUCCCUGACUGAGUCUGUAAUACCAACAUGUUUCAAGCAGACCACCAUAGUCCCUGUGCCCAAGGACACUAAGAUAACCUGCCUAAAUGACUACCGACCCGUAGCACUCACGUCUGUAGCCAUGAAGUGCUUUGAAAGGCUGGUCAUGGCUCACAUCAACACCAUUAUCCCAGAAACCCUAGACCCACUCCAAUUUGCAUACCGCCCCAACAGAUCCACAGAUGAUGCAAUCUCUAUUGCACUCCACACUGCCCUUUCCCACCUGGACAAGAGGAACACCUACGUGAGAAUGCUAUUCAUUGACUACAGCUCAGUAUUCAACACCAUAGUGCCCUCAAAGCUCAUCACUAAGCUAAGGAUCUUGGGACUAAACACCUCCCUCUGCAACUGGAUCCUGGACUUCCUGACGGGCCGCCCCCAGGUGGUAAGGGUAGGUAACAACACAUCUGCCACACUGAUCCUCAACACGGGGGCCCCUCAGGGGUGCGUGCUCAGUCCCCUCCUGUACUCCCUGUUCACCCAUGACUGCAUGGCCAGGCACGACUCCAACACCAUCAUUAAGUUUGCCGACGACACAACAGUGGUAGGCCUGAUCACCGACAACGAUGAGACAGCCUAUAGGGAGGAGGUCAGAGACCUGGCCGUGUGGGGCCAGGAUAACAACCUCUCCCUCAACGUGACCAAGACAAAGGAGAUGAUUGUGGACUACAGGAAAAAAAAAAAGAGGACUGAGCACGCCCCCAUUCUCAUCGACGGGGCUGUAGUGGAACAGGUUGAGAGCUUCAAGUUCCUUGGUGUCCAAAUCACCAACGAACUAUCAUGGUCCAAACACACCAAGACAGUCGUGAAGAGGGCACGACAAAGCCUAUUCCCCCUCAGGAGACUGAAAAGAUUUGGCAUGGGUCCUCAGAUCCUCAAAAGAUUCUACAGCUGCACCAUCGAGAGCAUCCUGACUGGUUGCAUCACCGCCUGGUAUGGCAACUGCUUGCCUCCGACCGCAAGGCACUACAGAGGGUAGUGCGUACGGCCCAGUACAUCACUGGGGCCAAGCUUCCUGCCAUCCAGGACCUCUAUACCAGGCGGUGUCAGAGGAAGGCCCUCAAAAUUGUCAAAGACUCCAGCCACCCUAGUCAUAGACUGUUCUCUCUGCUACCGCACGGCAAGCGGUACCGAAGUGCCAAGUCUAGGUCCAAAAGACUUCUCAACAGCUUCUACCCCCAAGCCAUAAGAUUCCUGAACAGCUAAUCAUGGCUACCCAGACUAUUUGCACUGCCCCCCCCCCCCCCACCCCAUCUUUUUAUGCUGCUGCUACUCUGUUAAUUAUUUAUGCAUAGUCACUUUAACUCUACCGUACAUAUUACUUCAACUACCUCAACUAGCCGGGGCCCCCGCACAUUGACUCUGCACCGGUACCCCCCUGUAUAUAUAGCCUCCCUACUGUUAUUUUAUUUUACUUAUGCUCUUUUUUUCUCAACACUUUUUUGUUGUUGUUUUAUUUUAAUUUUUAAUAAAAAUAAAUGCACUGUUGGUUAAGGGCCGUAAGUAAGCAUUUCACUGUAAUGUCAGCACCUGUUGUAUUCGGCGCAUGUGGCCAAUAACAUUUGAUUUGAUUUGAUUUGAUUUAUACUAGAUCACCAGUAUCCGCACAUGUACCCUAAAAGGUACUGAACAGUAUGUGAGAUUAUACAGUAUGUCUACCUCUGAAGGUACAUGAUGUGUAUUUUAUUUAAAUAUUUUUCUACCCCUGGGAACAAUACUGUACCCUAACCGUACCCUUUUUUCUGAGAGCGUGGAUCACGCCCGGGAGGCAGCCCGGUUCCAAAACGAAUGCAAUCAAUGCUAACCCGGUUCAACCGGGGCAUUAAUCGAAACCCCUCACUGAGAGGAGAAUGAUAACCAUUGAGUGUUAUGCCUCAUUAUACCAUAUUAUUCCUUGUAAUUUCUGUCUUUAUAUUUGAGUUCCUCUGUACCCUCCCCUUAGACGGCAGUAAGGAGGCAGAACAGCUGCGGGAGGCGGUGCUGUUGGGGCGUGCCCGUGUGAAGGAGGCAGAGUUAGAGACUGAGCAGUGGGCGGAGCAGGGCAGGAGGCUGCAGAAGCAGACACAGGAUCAGACCCUGGAGAUCACCAAGCUGAAACAGGACAGGCAGAACAACCAGGAUGCCAUCAAAAGGUAGGAGGGGUGAGUGUGUGUGUGUGUGUGUGUGUGUGUUUGUGUGUGUUUAUAACUGUGUUAUGUGUACGUCCCCAGGUUGCAGCACGAGGUGAAUGUCUUGCAGCAGCAGGUGUGUGAGAGCCGUGGCCUCAUCCACUCUCUACAGUAUAAGCUGCAGAUAUAUCACAGAGUGUGUGGCGUCCCCAAGAAUACACAUACGGGUGAGGGGUCACACACAGGGGAGUCUGCGCCCUUUGACCCCAGGGACCUGCAUGUUCAGCUGGGGCAGCAGUUGACCUCUGCGACAUGCCCUCCUGGAGCGAGGAGACAGCUCUUCCACGGUGAGAGCGAGGGAGUGCUACACUGCAUUAAUUCUGGGAUACGGUUACCAUUGUUACCACAUAUUCUACUACAUUUAUUGGCACAACUAAGUGUUUGAAAUUGCACCCUAUUCCCUAUAUAGUGCACUACUUUUGCCCAGAGCCUAAGUAGUAGUGCACUAAAUAAGGAAUAGGGCGCCAUGCCAUUUGAGAUUUACCCUAACUCUAACACUGAUUCUCCACUCUUCCUCUCCUCCUCACAGACCCUGCUCUCUCUCCCCCAUGUCCGAGACACUGGACUCUUCAGCCCUGCUUCCCCUCUCUCCCCCACACUGGAACCCCAGGAGACUGACUCUGCUCUGGAGGGCCAAGCCCCAGACGGCUCUUUUGCAAACCGUAAUGGCCGCCACGCUGUGGGGCAUGUUGAUGACUUCCGUGCCCUACAGCAGCAGAUCCUGGAGGGACACGUCCUCAUCGGCAAGAUGGAGGUUGCCCUCCAGGACACUGCCAACCAAGCCCUGCUGGAGCUCAGCCUGCAUAAGGUGAGAGGUCUGGGGUAAUUUAGAGGUUAGAGGAGCAGCAGACAUUUUACAGAGUUAAUGAUGCUCGAGAGUAACUUUUAGAUCCUUGGUUUAAAUUCAAUAAACUCAUGCAUCAUCUUAGUAGUACUGUAUACAGUAUAUCUAGUUGAACUGAAAAUAUGUCACACUUUUGUAUUGUUAACCUGUGUUUUAGUUUUGUUUAGACGAACUGUCUCUGUGUAUGUCUCUUUCUCUGUGUGUCAGCCUGUGGAUCCUGGCUUGGUGAGGAGACUGCUGACUAGCACUAAGACCCUGCGGCAGAUCCUUGAGGAAGCCAGCUCCCUGCUCAGAAUGUUCUGGAGGGCAGCCCUGCCCAGUUGUGAUGGGUUCUCUCAGAGCACCAAGGUCAGAAACACAUACUCUUUAUAAAGCAUUCAUAAAGCAUUCAUAAUGCCUUCAUAUGCAUGACAUACAGAGACAAUGUCCACUGUUUGAUUGUAAGGGUUACGUUAAGGGGAUUUGCUUUUGCUGUUAGCGUAUUAUGUGUGUGAAGUCACUGAUCAUUGUUGAGAGUUUGUAUGCUUUAGGGGUGACUUUGUUAAUACAUUUGUGACGUCACUCCAGGUGGAAUCAGUGUAACCUCACUGCUCUUUACAGGUGUGUGUAGAUGUGUGAAAUGUGACGGUGUGUUUUUUGUCUAUCUGUGUGUGUCCAGGAGCUGUCUCUAAAGGAGGAGGUCCACACGCUGCGUCAGCGGAUCUCACAGCAGGAGGAGGCCCUAAGGGACGCCAUGGAGACACUGAAGAGCUCCAACCGCACCAAAGACAGCAUGGAACACUUCAUCGUCAGCCAACGUAAGUGACUCUCACUACUCUCCUCUCAGUUACUCGUGUUUUCUCUUCACCCACUAUUCACCACUCUUUACCUCUCCCCAACCCUCCUUUGUUUUCUUCUGUCUCACCCCCUCUCCUGUCUCACCCUAUUCCUUUCAUAUCUCUGCCUCAUAUGCACAGUCAUGUAUCUUCCUAUUUGUUUCAUUUCUCCCCCUCAUUCCUCCUCUCUCUCUCUCUCUCUCUCUCUCUCUCUCUCUCUCUCUCUCUCUCUCUUCUCUCUUCUCUCUCUCUCUCUCUCUCUCUCUCUCGCUCUCUCUCUCGCUCUCGCUCUUUCUUUCACUCUCUCUCUCUCUCUCUCUCUUUCACUCUCUCUCUCUCUCUCUCGCUCUCUCUCUCUUUCUUUCGCUUUCACUGCUUUCUCCCUCUGUCGUGACUCAACUCAUCUCUCUCUAACUCUUUCUUUCUCUCUCUGUCUCUUCAUCAUUGGAGGUCUUUCAUCAUCAUCUGCCCCUCAGCACAGACUCUGUAAAGGCGCAGUGAUAUGACUCACUGUGGUGUUUGUGUUUGCAUGUGCAUGUGUAUGUGUUGAAGUGAUGGGUGACAGUCACAGAUGAAUCAUAACUGUUUUGUUUCUGGUUGUUUACAGUGUCGAGAACAAAGGAUGUCUUGAAGAAGGCACGGACAAACUUAGAGGUGAGCUCGCUCUUUUUACAGGGUCUGGCUUAUUUCUUACUUCUUAUACCCUCUAUAAUGCUGUUAUUUUACUUCUUUCUAUGUUAUGCACUCUUUAGAAAAAUCACUGUUAGGUAUUCCAUCUGCUCUCCUCUUUCUCUAUCUCACCCGCCCUCCUCUCUCACCUCACAUGCACUCUAUCUCUGACUCUCUAUCUACCUCUGUCUCGCUCCCUCUCGCUCUACCUUGAGUUAUUCCAGGAGAACAAGCAGAGAAUGUCCUCCCUCGGCCUCACUUCUCCCCCCCCUUCCUCCUCCUCUUCGUCCUCUUCCUCCCGUCCCUGGGUUGGUAAAGGUACUGCUUCUUGGCUUGCCUUGCCUGUCAGUGAGCAUAUAUCAGCUUCCUGUAAUCCACCCUGCCUAUCUUUAACCACCAUCUAGAGGUCUUCAUGGAUCCACCUGUACCCGAAUACCCGAGACCCGAUCCGGGACACGAGCGGGUCCAGAUCUAGUAUUCUAAAUAAUGUCACGGGUCUGGGCAGGAUUUGUUAUGAUUGUCACGGGUAUCGGGUAUGUGUAAUUUUAACUGACUUGUCCGGAAGGGGCCAUAGAGAUCCGAACGUGACUGUUGCAGUGGAGAGAGAGAUAAAAAAAAAAAAAAAUGCUGCUGCUGUUGCUUUUCACGAGAGUGGCGCGUGUAGCUUGUUGUUAGCCAAUCAUAAGUCAUCAAAACGGCAAUAGGCUACAGACAUAGAGCUCACUAUGUGUGUGGCAAUAGUUAGGGGAUAUAUAAUCAAUGGAAGAUGGAAUUACAAUGAUAGAAUUAAAAGUUAAAGGAGAAGGAUAUGCUACAACAACCAAGAGCCAACAGGUAGGCUGCUACUUAAUAUUCUGAAUGGAGUUGUUGUUAUUUGUAACUGUAGGAUGAGAAAGCGCAUGCACUGCAGCCUGUUAGCCUAGUUAGCUAACAUUAGCUAGUUCUCCCGGUUUGAUGCAGUCAAGACAGGUACUACGUAAUCAUAUUUGAUGAUAGAUAACCUAGCUAUGGCAAUAAUUAGUCUACUAUAGUGCGAGUCUGCCUGGUUGGUUGCUGUCUCUCAUCUCUCGCUCCCUCCUCCCCACGUCACUCGCACACAGUACGGCCCCUCACAGCCUGCUAGAGUGGCCCCUCUCCCUCCUGCUCUCCUCCCUCCUCCCCACGUCACUCGCACACAGUACGGCCCCUCACAGCCUGCUAGAGUGGCCCCUCUCCCUCCUGCUCUCCUCCCUCCUCCCCACGUCACUCGCACACAGUACGGCCCCUCACAGCCUGCUAGAGUGGCCCCUCUCCCUCCUGCUCUCCUCCCUCCUCCCCACGUCACUCGCACACAGUACGGCCCCUCACAGCCUGCUAGAGCGGCCCCUCUCCCUCCUGCUCUCCUCCCUCCUCCCCACGUCACUCGCACACAGUACGGCCCCUCACAGCCUGCUAGAGCGGCCCCUCUCCCUCCUCUUGGGCUUUAUCAGCUCUGGUUACUAAAGUAGCUUAAAAAUGACUGUUCUGCUGCUUCCCUCACUCGGAUCGGAUCGGGUCUGGAUCCGACCAGGUCUAUAUACGAAACAGGUCUAUUUGUCCUCGGGUCUGUUUGGAAUAGGUCUCUAUAUUUAAAAAUAAACAUUUACGGGUCGGGUUGGGAAAGCCCCAGGUCCAUUUCAGUGAAGACCUCUACCACCAUCCUCUAACAGUAGAAUACCCCCACUGGCAUUAAACAGCAGUACAUGAUCCCCUCUUUGACACUUUCACUUAGUUCAUGUUUUUUAUUAAUACCAUUGUACAUAUAACAUCUUCUAACACCACCUUAUUGGGAUCAUAGUUGUUGUAGGCCUACCAUCAGCAGAUUUAAGUGAAACUACUUGAAUUUGCUAGUGUCUAAGUACGAGUGUAUUAAUAUAUCACUGGUUAGGAAAUAAAUAAUGUGAUUUUUUUUGGUAAUUUGGGUUACAAAUCUUUAAUGUAGUGUUUUCAUUGUCUUACUUCAGAUAGCGCAAUGACUCAGCAUGACAUAAGUCAUGACAUUACAUAGUAACAUGAAAUAUAAGUAUGCUGACCCUUCUUCCUCCUUUUGCCUCUUCCUCCCACUCAGGUGAAAAUCCAAGACGCUUCUGUGAGCUCGCCCAGUCUGCUGGUUGA